AUGAAUUCUCACUCAGGGUCCCGGGGAGUGAGUGGAUCUGCAGCGGUUGCCAUAUCUGGUUGGGAAGGGCUCCAUAGCGGCACCCAAUUGAGGAAAUCUCUACGGAAAUCUUAUGAUUUCAUUUGUUCCCAACGCAUCUCCACGAAAAUGGGCCAUCUUCCCUCCAAACUACCGUUCUCAAAGCGGCGGUUAAGGCCGCGCAUUGUUAUCUCAUACAUUCUUGACUAUGUGAUUCUUGUCGCAUGUAUCGCCGGCUUUUACAUCCUCGACUCUAUCGAGCCGUAUCAUCAGCAUUUCUCCUUGAACAAUAUUUCCCUUAUGUACCCUUACGCUGUCCAUGAGCGCGUGUCCAUCCCACUCGCCCUUUGUAUCUCCGGGGUGGCUCCUUUGAUUAUAAUUGCGGUCUAUACACUCUUGAUCGAUGGGCUGUUUUCUCACAACAAGCCCGUGGACCCGACUUCUGGUAAAAGGAAGCUGACAGGCCCAUACCGGUUCAAGGACCGACUGUGGGAGUUCAAUUGCGGUUUCCUUGGCCUUCUACUGUCCCAAGGCCUUGCGUUUCUCAUUACCCAGGUUCUCAAAAAUGCUUGCGGCAAACCCAGACCAGACAUCAUCGAUCGAUGCCAACCCCGACCAGGAAGUGAGGAUCCAUUCCGUGGCUUGUCGAAUUACACAAUCUGCACGGGUGAUCCGGCGAUCAUCAAGGACGGUUUUCGUUCUUGGCCUUCAGGUAUGAUCCAAUACUUCGGAACUUGGCCCUAUUUCCAGGAUGCUAAUACGGUUUACAGGACACAGCAGCUGUGA